CUGCCGGCUGUGCGUGUGUUGAGGGCGGACAUGGCGGAGGCAGGAAAAGUACCCUUGAGCCUCGGGCUUACCGGAGAAGAAGCGACAGAGUGGCCUCUGCAGCGGUACGCCCGCUGCAUACCCUCAAACACCAGAGACCCACCUGGGCCACGCCAGGAAGCUGGGACAGCCCCUUGCUCCACAUGGAAGGUUUUUGAUUCCAAUGAAGAAUCUGGGUAUCUUGUUCUCACCAUAGUUAUAUCAGGUCAUUUCUUCAUUUUCCAAGGACAGACACUACUGGAAGGGUUUUCACUCGUUGGUAGCAAGGACUGGUUGAAGAUUGUAAGACGCAUGGAUUGUCUGUUGUUUGGAACAACGAUAAAGGACAAGAGUCGCCUGUUUCGAGUACAGUUCAGUGGAGAGUCAAAGGAGCAGGCGCUGGAACACUGCUGCAGUUGCGUUCAAAAGCUGGCGCAAUACAUAACCGUUCAGGUGCCUGAUGGGAACAUCCAGGAGCUUCAGCUGAUUCCUGGCCCACCCAGGGCAAGUGGAAGUCAAGGGAAGGACUCUGCAAAGAGUGUCCCAUGGCAGGCUGGAUCCCACCAGCACUCAGAACAGCAAGUGCGUGGAACAGCGGGCACAGGCGCUCCAGACGGAAGGACCUCACUGACGCAGUUAGCUCAGACUCUUCUGGCCUCGGAGGAGCUGCCCCGUGUCUAUGAACAAUCUGCAUGGGGUGCAGAAGAGUUAGGCCCCUUCCUGCGUUUGUGCCUUAUGGAUCAGAAUUUCCCAGCAUUUGUGGAAGAGGUAGAAAAGGAACUUAAAAAGCUAGCGGGGUUGAGAAAUUAAUGCUCUGUAUACAUAUAUAACUAAGGAACUUCAAAGUAUUGAAAAAUGCUUCCUCCUAAAAUUAAAGAAGAUAUUAGAAUAAAGAGCAUUAU